GUUUGAACUAAUGCAUAUUUGUUAAAAGAACAGACCUAAACGAUAAACCUCUAGGGGGUUUUGGUUGUUCCUCCGAACGGUAAAAUGGCGGAAGAAAAGAUGGAUUUCAGAGCGGAAGACAAAGAGAUCCUUGUCAAAAUUGUCAAACUAGCUCAAGCAUAUCAAAUCAAGGGUGCAAAAGGAGAUUGGAAAGAAUUCCUACGUGUUCGAGAUGGAAAAUUAGGUUCAUCAUUGAAUGAUCCUAGCAAAAGAUCUUGGGAUGUUUUAGCUGAUUUUGUAAAGACAUUUACUGCCGAGGAAGAUGUAGAGUUGGUCAUUAGACUUCUAAAGUGGAAUAAACGCUCCAAAUCUUGGCAAUCACGUAUGAAGAGGGUUUUAGACAAAGCAUCUCCCAAGCAGGAAUUAGUUCUGUUAACUUUUCAGCACCCAAAGUUCUCUAAGUGCUACACAUUUCCUUCUUACCAAAAGGGAUGGUUGACAACAAAGUUGGGAAAAUUACCAGAGGCCAGCGGUGCAGAAACAAUGAUAGCUAUUGAUUGUGAGAUGGUUCAAUGUGAGGAUGGGACAAAGGAAGUUGUGAAAGUUUGUGUAGUAAAUGAGAAUUUAGAGACGUUGGUUGAUAGUCUUGUGAAACCUUCAAAGCAUGUAGUAGAUUAUAUGACAUCAAUAACUGGAGUUACUUCUGAAGAUCUUGAUGAUGUGACUUGCAGUUUACAAGAUAUACAGAAAACACUUAAGAGAUUACUCAAGAAGGAAACGAUAUUGGUUGGUCAUAGUUUAUUUAAUGACCUACAAGCAUUGAGAGUAGACCAUGCAAGAGUCAUAGACACAGCAUUCAUAUUUCGGUACCUGAAUAAGCCUACUUGUUACAGCCCUAGUUUAAGUAAACUCUGUAAGGUUGUACUAGGCUGUGAUUUACGAGAGGAAGGAAAGUCCCAUGUUUGCUUGGAUGAUGCAAUUGCUGCAAUGAGACUAACUCUUGCCAAAUUAGAACUUGGAGUAAAUGAUCCUAUUGACAUGGGAGAGAGUGAGGUAAGUGAAGCAGACUUGUCGAAGCUGUAUAUUCAUAAUAUACCAGGCUGUAUUUCCAUGGAGGACCUCAUGAAUCUAUUUCCAAAAGAGUAUUCAGUUGAAAUUCAGAUGCAGUAUGUCCAGGAAUUCUCUCGUAUCAAGAACAAAUCUAGUACUACAUUUGCCAUUUUCAAGUCUUCUGAAGAUGCAAAUGGAGCAUUUGAAAUUUUAAAUGGGAUACUUGAAAAGGACUCGUAUGGUCACCCUCAGAAACGUGUAUGGUUCCAUAAAAGAGGAUCCAAAAAAGGGGCAAACAUUAAUGUCCGUGUACGUAAGAUGAAUGUUGUAGAUGAGGAAGCUCCAACUUCUCAGUUGCAUGGUUGUAGCAUUGAUCCCAUUGUAACAAGAAAUACUUCCAGUGAUAUCAGUAACAAUAUUUCUAAAUAUGACACAGAAGAGACUUUCCACAAGCAAAAGAAAACAAAGUAUGAUAAAAACACAAAUCAGGAAAAUAUGAUGCAGAAUGUUUUGGAGAAAGAAUGCAAUGGUUGUAUUCACUUGGAGGAAAAAGAAAGACUAAAAAAGGAACUUGAACAAAGGAAUGCAGAGAUCAAAAGUUUACAACGAAUUGUAGCUGCACUUACAAGAAAGCAUGGUCUUUAACUGAUGCUGACAGGGCCAUCCUUGGUAUUGUCUUUGUCAAAUCCGCUUUCUGUUGCAUUGUGAAAGUAGAGUCCAGUAUCAAGACAAACAUGAAAUCCUCUCUACCGGGAUGGAUAAAUUCUUUGAUAGUGCUGGUGUUUCAUACUUACGUUAUAAAUCUGGGAGUGGAAGUUUUCAACAAUGUAUUACACAAGCGUUUCCAAGAAUGUGUAAUGAUAUAAUUUCUGAUUACAUGCAAGUUGCUUCCUGUGCAAGAAGCAUCCAGAUUACAUCACCACUAACUUUGAUAAAUCGCAUAAAAAUGAGCAGACUGGCUUCAUCUUUUUCCAGCAUUCCCACAUGGAUCUGCUUCCUGUUGUUGGAGCCAGGAGGAGGAUUUCCAUACCCAACAAACAUAUCGAUUGCCCUGCUUGUGAAAGGGAAAAUUCAAUGGAUUUACUAGACCAGCAGCAUCAUUUAGGGGAAAAUCAUCGGGGUUGGACUGGCUUUGGAUUGUGGAUCUGCUAGAGCUGCUGCUGAAAGUGAGACCGUCUUUAUGUAAACUUUUUGUGCAGAAUUUUUUCUAUUGCUUCCAUUUGGUUGUAAACAGAUUGAUAGCAAUGUGAUUGCUAAGUUUUCUUC